GAAAAUCUCCACUGCUUAAACGGAGUUCGGAAACUUUUACAAAUGUCAGACCUGCUCUCAUUCAACCUCUCUGGAGGGCUUCCAGACGUAAUCAUACAGAAAACUUUGUAUAAUCUUAAAGGAAUCGGAUUUUGACGGAUUAAACAAAAUUAGAAUAGUCUAAGAUUUCUUUUGGGGGGGGAAAUCCGCGCAGUUUAAGCGUUCAGUUCAUAGGAACAAAUCACUUUUCUUCUGGUUGGUUGAGUGAAUAAACCCCUGCUACCCCGUGGAAAGGAACUGCAGAGCGACACAGAACUGGAGGGAUGAAUGUGGUAAGAAUUCCUCCAAGUUACUACGGCAACAUCGCUUGACCGGGACACCGAUGAACUCCUUACCCACUGAUGAUGUUGUAGCCACGGCAACCUCCAGUGAGGUUGUGGACAAGGAUAGGGAAAUACUGGUGGAUGGGGACUUUCCUCUGUCCUCGCUGGCUGGACUGCUUGACGAGGAUGAUGUUUCUGCCCCCAAGGAACCACCCCAGGAUCCGGUCCAGGCCGGGCAACUGCCUGGCGAAAGCAGGCAGAACCUCCGGAACAAGUUCCAGGGUGCUUUCAAGAAGGGCAUCUCCGUACCGAUUGACCUGCGAGAUAUGUACGAGGCUCCCAUGGCCCCUGCCUCCAAGAAGGCUCCCAUGGACUCUCUCUUUGACUAUGGGUCUUUUCGAGAGCUCAACAACCAGAAACGACGGCGGAAGAAACUUCCCCGAGGGAAGACUGAGAACGAGACGUCUCUGGAUGAAGGCUCCCCGGACUCCCCUGCCACCCUGAAGGUGUUCACCCGCGCGACACUGUUCGAUGCUGUGGUAAAGGGGGACCCGCGCAACCUCAGUGGCCUCCUGCUGUACCUGAGGGCCUACAACAAGAGGCUAACGGACGAGGAGUUCAAAGAGCCGUCCACAGGGAAGACGUGUCUGUCCAAGGCUCUGCUGAACCUGCACGGGGGCAGGAACGACACUAUCCCCCUGCUGGUGGACAUCGCCGAGGACACGGGGAACCUGCACGAGUUCAUCAACACCCCCUUCCGGGACUUCUACUACCGCGGUCAGACAGCGCUGCACAUUGCCAUCGAGAGACGCUGUAAGCAUUACGCCGAGCUGCUGGUGGAGAAGGGCGCCGACGUGCACGCGCAGGCCCGCGGUCAUUUCUUCCAGCCGCGGGAGGAGGGGGGCUACUUCUACUUCGGGGAGCUGCCGCUUUCACUGGCGGCCUGCACCAACCAGGUGGACAUGGUGCACUACCUGUUGGGGAACCCCCACAAGAAGGCGGACCUGCGGCGGCAGGACUCGCGGGGCAACACGGUGCUGCACGCGCUAGUGCAGGUGGCGGACAACACGCAGGACAACUCGCGCUUCAUCACCAGGAUGUACGACACACUGCUCAUCAAGAGCGCCAAGCUCCACCCGGAGUGCAACCUUGAGCAGAUGGCCAACAACGAGGGCAUGACCCCACUCAUGAUGACUGCCAAGCUGGGCAAGAUCGGGUUGUUCCAGCACAUAAUCCAGAGGGAGAUUAAGGACAACGAGACGCGCUACCUGUGCCGCAAGUUUAAGGACUGGGCAUAUGGACCGGUCUACUCGUCUCUGUACGACCUGUCCUUCCUGGACACCUGCAGGGACAACGUCUCCGUCCUCGAGAUCCUUGUCUACAACAGCAAUAUAGAGAACCGCUAUGAAAUGAUGGCCGUGGAACCCAUUAAUGAGCUGCUGAGGGCCAAGUGGAAAAAGUUUGGAGCGAUAACCUUCUACAUCAGCGUCAUCUCCUACCUCAUCACCAUUAUGAUCUUCACGCUUGUUGCCUACUACCAACCUGAUGGCAAGCCUCCGUAUCCCUAUGUAAGCCCUGGAGACAAACUGCGUUUGACUGGGGAAAUUCUGACCUUUGUUUCUGGAAUAUUCUUCUUCUUAACUAAUAUUAAGGAUUUGUUCCUGAAGAAGGCACAAAAGCGUUUUUUUGUUGAAGGAUCCUUUCAGUUCCUUUUCUUCCUCUACUCAGUGCUGGUGCUGGUAAUGGUGGUGCUGUACCUGUUGGGGAUUGAUGUCUACCGGGGCGUGAUGGUGUUCGCCCUGGUCCUGGGCUGGAUAAACACCCUCUACUUCACCAGAGGAUUCAAACUCACGGGAACCUACAGCAUUAUGAUCCAGAAGAUCGUCUUCAAGGAACUGCUCCGCUUCCUGCUGGUGUAUGGUCUCUUCAUGGUUGGCUAUGCCUCAGCUUUGGUGUCCCUGCUGCCUGUCUGUUCGGCAAACAGCAAGAACGACACAUGCACCUACUCGAAUCAGGUCACCUGCCGAGACACCUACAGCUUCUCCAUCUACUUGAUGAAUCUGUUCACGCUGACCCUUGGCAUGGGCGCCGUGGAUAACAUGGUCCAGGGUAGCCAGUACCCCGAGGUGUCCCUCAUCCUCUCUAUCAGCUACAUCAUCUUUACGUUUGUGCUUCUUCUCAACAUGCUCAUCGCCCUCAUGGGUCAGACCGUCAAUCUGGUGUCCAACGAAAGCCACAAAAUCUGGAAAGUUCAGUGGGCCACCACAAUCCUGGACAUCGAGCGCUCCUUCCCAGCGUGCCUGCGUCAGUCCUUCCGCGUGGGCGAGUGGGUCACCGUGGGCAAGAACUGGGACGACACACCUGACAAGCGCUGGUGCUUCAGGGUGGAUGAGGUGAACUGGUCUCACUGGAACCAGAACCUGGCCAUCAUUAAUGAGGAUCCAGGACCCAAAGACCAAAACCUGUUCGAUUACAGACAGAGCAUGAGAAGCAUUCGGAGAGACCGCUGGUCCUCCGUAAUUCCCAGGGUGGUGGACCUGAACAAGAGAUCCAGGGAUCACGUUGUAGAAAUGGAGCCCCUGAAAACCAGGGCCCAGUGUCGCCCUGAGAUCUAGCGCUCAGCUGCUGGGGGGGUGGGCCAGGGGUGGGGGGUCAGGUACCGGAACAGGAACGCAGGACUGGAAGUCUUGCUCCACGUGGAUGACGGAGGACGGCUGGCUCCCGAUCGCUGGACCAUCUGCAGGGGGACUCCAAGGACAGGACGACGCAGAAACCCUUCUGUCCAGCUCACUCUCUCUCACCCAGUAAACACAUCGGAAAGAUUGACACAUUCGGAAGCAGAGACAUGUUUACUUGUAUGCAUUUUUUUAUAAUGUUUUUAUUUUUUCUACCUUACUUUUUUAUACAACAGUGCCAUUCUGUUUUGGUGUGUGUGUAUACUGUAUAAACUUAGAAAAAUAUCCAAACACAUAUUUAAGUUUUUAUUUUCUCAGGGUCCUAUUGUGUCUGUAUUAAUACGAGCAUCUCUGGGGGGUGACCCACAGCCAUAUAGCUACUAACGAGUUCUGCGUUUAUUUUAAGGCAUCCAGAUUGGCACACAGUGUGUGUUGUCCCCUUGCAGCGGAAAGCGGAGGGGACAUCUGUCUGGGGGAUACUGUCUCAUGUGGGCCACCCAUCCAGGGCACGCAUUAAGACACGGCAGUGUUUCCUUAACAGAGAGCUGCAGGUCACCUGACCGGAGCUCUGCUGAAGGGCGCAUGCGCAUCACUUACACCUGAAUUGUAUCACCGUAUCUGGGAAGGUGUGGACGCCGCACAGGUGUCUGCAAACGCACUUGGGCCAUCCCUGGCCUGCAACUGGCUGAGCAGAUAACGGUCACCUCAACAGAGGAGCUGCUCACAGUCUUGACAGGCAGGGGCUUUGGUUUAGCUUUCUGUGGCUUUUGGGUCAUCUUGUACAUGUUUUUGCCUUGUAAUAUGGUGAGCAACAAAGAUAUUUGUCCCCUGUACGUACCGGUACUAGACAAAGUAACUUUGUAAGAGAACUGAAGGCUGGCUCUGACCUCUUUCUUUGGUGUUUUUUGUUUGUUUGUUUAUUUUGGUAAUAAAACUCACUUAAUCUUUCCUGUUUUACUUAAAUAAAUCCCAUUCAUUUUGUUCAGAAAAAUACUUUCAGCUCAUGUUCAGAAGUGUUUUAGAAAAGCUUGUGCUUGUAUUUAUGAAUGAACAAAAUAAAUUUCUGAAUUUUACUUUUCUGUAGAGGAUUAUGUAUAGAGCUAAAUAUAUUCAUAUAGUAUGAUAUAGAAAUGGAGGGAUACAUAUACAUGCAUAUGCAGACCACACCAUGAAAGAUUGUCUGGAGAAGCCAGUUUAUUUUGUGGACACCAGUAAAAGAUUUUAAACACA